AUGGUCUCGACAUCGACGAUAGUGACGGCAUCUAUCGCAACUGCUGCCACCGGCAUCAUUGUUUAUGUUGCCUACUUUGAUUUCCAGCGACGGAAGAACCCCGAGUUUCGCCGCAACCUAAGGAGAAACGAACGUAAACAGGCACGCGCAGAGAAGGAGGAGGCCGAGGCAUCAACCAAGCGACAACGAGAGGCUGUCAAGCUCCUGGUUGAUGAGGCAGUGUACGAGGGCUUCCCUACAGGCGUUGAGGAGCGCGAGGCCUACUUCAAUGAGCAGGUCAUGACCGGCGAGAUGCUCAGCCAAGAUCCUUCCAAGAAGGUCGAGUCUGCCCUUGCCUUCUACAAGGGUCUCAAGGUCUAUCCCGCCCCCGGUGAUCUCAUCAAGAUCUACGACAGCACCGUGCCCAAACCCAUCUUAGAUAUCCUCGCCGAGAUGAUUGCCUAUGAUUCUUCUCUGGACAUUCGCCCACGUCCCGGUGGCAUCAACCUGGCCGAUAUUCCCAACGUCGGCCUCGAUUAG